UCGGCCCGUUGAUCUACCCUGUCACAUAUAGGAGAGCGCGUCUAGAUUAAAUUGUGCAGUUCGCUCCCACAGCCCCGGGUCCGGUCAUCUCAUCUGCACCUCCUUGGAUCUGAGAUUACGUUUGCUGCAACCAGCGUUUGUUUCUUACAAGGGCGUCAAGAGCUGGGCAAAGCGAGAAAAUGAGGCUGAUUGGAAGCACAAUCGCGCUGCUCGCAGCAACCGUAGCUGGGGAGCCAAUUCUACGUGCUGUGAAGGCACCCACUGUCGAUCUCGGCUAUGCGGUCUACGAGGGAAGCUUCGAUAGCAACAACAGCAUCAAUGUUUUCAAGGGCAUUCGUUACGCUGGACCACCGCUUGGUAAACUGAGGUUCGCUGCUCCCCAAGCUCCGGCGAAGAACAGGACCUCGACAAUCGCAGCUACCAGUAAUCCCCCGUUCUGUCCACAGACUGGUGUUUCGUCAGAGACACCUGCCGCCUAUGGAUUCACCUCGGCUCUUGGAAACGAGGAUUGCCUGUUCUUGAAUGUGUAUGCGCCAGCCAACGCCCAGAACCUGCCUGUGUUCUUCUGGAUCCAUGGUGGAGGCUAUGGUCUGUUCAGUGCUACAGGUCUUGAUCCUACCGAGUUCAUGAAGCAGAACGACAAUGGUUUCAUUAGUGUCAUCAUCCAGUACCGUCUUGGUGCCUUCGGCUUCCUCUCGUCUGAGGAUGUCAAGAAAGGCGGCGCGCUCAACGCUGGCUUGCUCGACAUGAACUUUGCCUUGCAGUGGGUGCAGCAGUAUGCUAAGAGGUUCGGUGGCGAUCCAAGCAGGGUAACGAUUGCUGGCGAAAGUGCCGGUGGCGCAGCAGUCUUGUACCAAAGUAUGGCGUAUGGUGGCAAGCAGAAGGACAACCUGUUCCAGAACGUCAUCACUGCCAGCCCAUGGAUUCCUUUCCAGUACAAGUAUAAUGAUGAUCAACCAACUAAAGCCUACAACGACUUUGUUGCGGCUGCUGGUUGCUCAAACUCCCAAGACAAGCUCCAGUGUCUUCGCAGUGCCGACACUGCCGUUGUUCAGAAUGCCAGUGCCAAGAUCUCAGAGGCUGGCUCUUUCGGCACUUUUGCUUUUCUGCCUGUGACUGACGGAUCAUUCGUCAAGCAACGCCCCAGCCAGCAGCUUGCCGCCCGGGCUGUGAAGGGUGUGCGUGUCUUAUCCGGCAACAUGGCGAACGAAGGCGUUCCUCUCAGUCCACCAACCACUCGCACUCUGCAGGACUUCAGGAACUACAUCGACACCACCUUCCCUGAUUUCACCCAAUCCGAGAAGACCGCCAUCGAGAAGCAAUACUCCUACGCCGGCGAUAGCCAGGGUGUCAACCCUGCCGCUCCUCUUUUCGCGACGGCCGGCACCUCCGUCCCUACAGCCGUCAACCAGUCCACCUUUGGCACCGGUCAGCAACAACGUGUCUUCAACGUCUUCGCCGAGUACGCUUUCGUGUGCAACAGCUACUGGGCCGCCUCCGCCUUCCCCGUGGCCUGGAAGUACCAGUUCAGCGUCCCACCCUCCUACCACGGCUACGAUCUACAAGCACUAUGGUCCGGCACACCUACUCCCGGUGCGAGCUUCAAGCGCGCAUUCCGCAAGAUCUGGGGCAACUUCAUCACUAAGAACACUCCAGUAAUCUCUAUCGAAGAUGCCAAAGGCGGCAUCGCAAACAGCACAGUGCCGGUUGCAAGUGGGUACAGUAGUCAGAACAUUGCCUGGCCGACUUGGGACGAGGAGAAGCCUAUGCUGCUGAACUUGAAUGCUACCGGCGGGGUUGCGACGUUCGUGCAGACGACUGCGGAUCUAUUCUACAAUGUGUACAGUGAUCCGGGUGUUAGCAACCAGAUCAACUUAGCGAAUGCGAGGGAUUGGGAGGGUGGACGGGGGAAGCGGUGUGAUUUCUGGAAGAGCGUUGCGAAGGAUGUGCCGUAUUAGAUCAAUCACUACUCUUCCGCGGGUAGUUCAGAAGCCGAAUGUUAUGUAGCAGUCAAGAUCGAUAAUGUACGAUGUUUAGUCGAC